UCAAGCUCACAUGUGCUGUGGGACAUAAUUGAGAUGGCCGCGGAAUCUCCCCCUGACUGAGCGCUGGAGGAGCAGACUGGAGCGGGGAUUGCCAAAGUUGUGUCUGGGGUGAAAGUGGAGCUCUGGAGUUUCUUUCAAGAUCAUUUUAUUGCAGCGAGAAAGGCAGUCCAGUAAAGUUCUCCAUGAAUGUACGUCACAAUGAUGAUGACAGACCAGAUUCCGCUGGACCUGCCACCACCACUAUUGAACGGGGAGGUGGCCAUGAUUCCGCACAUGAUUAAUGUUAAUGGGGAUGGAUCGCAACAGGUGAUCUUCGUGCAGGUCAACCCUGGAGAGACCUUCACCAUCAGAGCAGAGGAUGGAUCCCUGCAAUGCAUUCAAGGGCCCGCGGAGGUUCCAAUGAUGUCACCCAAUGGAUCCAUCCCACCCAUCCAUGUGCCUCCUGGCUACAUCUCACAGGUGUUGGAGGACAACACAGGGGUCCGGAGAGUGGUGGUCACCCCUCAGUCUCCAGAAUGUUAUCCUCCCAGUUAUUCCCCAGCCAUCUCUCCAACUCAUCACUUGCCUCCAUACAUGGCCCCACCACCCUUUAUUCCCAACUCGCACACGGCCUUCUACCCACCCGUCAGCCCUGGGGACAUCUCCCCCCACCAGUACUACCAGCAUCAUAUCCCACCAAUGUACAAUGAAGAGAUCAUUCCUGUGUAUGGGAUGAACUACAUUGGGCGAGAUGAGCAGUACAAACCACCACCAAAGAAGAUGAAGGACAGACUGGAGCGUCAGAAUCAUCUCAACAGCCCUCCUUCCAUCUAUAAGAGCAACAUGGGCUGCAACAACAUGUACAAUGGCUAUGGCAAGGUCCACGGUAAUCUUGGGGGUGGCGGAGGAGGAGGAAGCAGUCCUGGAGCUAAAAAAACCACACGUGGAGCUCGGAGUAGCCCCAGGUCCAGUGAGCCAGACUUACAAGAUCAUGAUUCAGAAGCAAAGAGAGUUCAGGAUGUUCUCUCGGGAAUGGAAAAACCACAGGUUUUUAACAUCCAGGCCCGGACAGCGCAACUGACCUGGGCUCCACCAGCAGGCCUUCACAACAGAGACAGGCACAGUAACGGACACCCCUUAACCUGCAGCUACGAGGUCAUGCUCUCAGACAAGGGUCGUAACGGGCAGUACCGCAUCAUCUAUUGUGGAGAGGAGUUGGAAUGCAAUUUAAAAGAUCUCAGACCAGCAACUGACUACCACGUAAGAGUGAAUGCUGUGUGCAAUUCUGUGAAGGGUUCGUGCUCUGAGGUGGGGGCUUUCACCACCCACAGCAGUACCCCAGACUGCCCGCUGCCCCCUAAACUGUCCCACCGCACAAAGAGCACGCUCACCCUGCAGUGGAAGGCACCAGUCGAUAAUGGAUCAAAAAUCACCAGUUACCUUUUAGAGUGGGAUGAGGGCAAAAAGAACAACGUUUUCAGAGAAUGUUACUUCGGAAGCCAAAGGCACUACAAACUCACUCAUCUGUGUCCAGCCAUGGCCUACACGUUUCGAGUGGCGGCACGCAGCGACAUAGGAAUGAGUGGCUUUAGUCCUGAGGUGGUUUUCUACACAACUGGAAGUCUGCCCCACCUGCCCCAUGCUCCUCGGCUGGUGCGUGCCGGCAUCACAUGGAUCACGCUGGAGUGGAGCCGCCCAGAUGGCUGCACCGCAGAGGAACCCGUCACAUACACGCUGGAGAUCCAGGAGGAGCACAUUGCAACAGAGUUUCACCCAAAGUACACUGGAGAAAACUUGACAUGUACUGUAGAGGGCCUGAAAAGAAGCACUCAAUAUAAAUUCAGGCUCAUAGCCUCUAACCUGGAGGGCAGGAGCAGUCCCAGUGAGGUGCUGGUGUGUAACACCAGUCCAGACAAACCUGGACCCCCCUCCAGACCCUGCAUCAAGGGCCCCAUCAGACCCUACAGCUUCAGUGUCAAAUGGGAUCCUCCACAAGACAACGGAGGUUCAGAAAUCUUGAAAUACCUCUUAGAGAUUUCAGAAGGAAAUUCUGAUGCCAAUCAGUGGGACAUUGCCUAUAGUGGGCCAGCCACAGAGUGUGUGUGUGAGGACUUGAAACCUGGCACACUGUACAGAUUGCGCACCUGCAGCAUCAGCACAGGCGGCCACAGCCAGUGCUCUGAGAGUCUGCCUGUGCGUACGCUAUCUGUUGCUCCAGGACGUUGCCAGCCUCCCAGAAUUGUGGGUAAAGCAAAACACAAAGAAGUGCACUUACAAUGGGACUGUCCCUCCUCUGAAGGGGCAUGUGAGGUGAGUGAGUACAGUUUGGAAAUGAGGGAGGGAGAAUCUGAGGCUGCCGAGGUCUAUCACGGCUCUGAUCUGGAGUGCACUGUGGGCAGUCUGCUCCCCGGCGCCACCUACAGCUUCCGCCUGCGUGCUGCCAACGAGGCAGGGUAUGGACAAUACUCUGAACCAACAGAAAUAACAACCGCAGCUGGUCCUCCUAGCCAGUGUGCGGCGCCAUCCCUCGUGCUAAUGUCCAAUAGCUGUGUGCUGGUCAGCUGGGAGAGUCCAGAGAGCUCAGGGGCCGACAUCUCUGAGUACCGUCUGGAGUGGGGCCGAGAGGAAGAGCCCAUGGAGCUGAUCUACUGCGGCCCUGACACUCAGUGUGAGAUCUCAGACCUGACACCUGCUACUCAUUACUACUGCAGACUACAGGCAGCAAAUCAGGCAGGUGCAGGACCGUACAGUGAUCAUGUGAGCUGUCAGACCCCCGCCACCAUGCCCGACCCCAUCUCAGUGUUGUGUGUACUUGAGCACGACCCCACAGAAAGUGGUGUCUACACACCUUCCACUUGCCUGGCUUUGAAAUGGGAUGAGCCCUGCAACAAUGGCGCGGAGAUCACAUCUUACACUCUUAAACUGGGAGAGCAGCUCAUCAGCCUGGGCACCAGAACCUGCUAUGUGCUACAGAACCUACAGCCUGACAGUGAAUACAGUUUGCAGAUUCAGGCAGUGAAUGAGAUUGGUGGCAGUUCUUUCUGCCCUCCCCUGCUGGCCUGCACCAGGCCGCUGCCCCCUGUCCCGCCCCGACUGGAGUGCACUGCCGCUGGACCCCAGAGUCUCAAACUCAAGUGGGGAGACAGCAGCAAUGCCAAGAGCCUGCUCGGAGAAGAGAUGGUCUACAACCUGCAGAUGGAGGACAAGAACAGAAGGUUUGUCACAAUUUACAGAGGCCCAAGCCACACAUAUAAGGUACAGCGACUAAAUGAGUCGAGCAGCUACUGUCUCAGGAUUCAAGCUGUGAGUGAGGCAGGAGAGGGCCUUUUCUCUGAAGUACACACCUUCCAUACGACCAAGUCUGUUCCUCCAGCUCUCAAGGCUCCCAAAGUUGUACAGAUGGAAGGGAAUAUGUGUGAGGUGAGCUGGGAGAGCAUUCCACCAAUGAGAGGAGACCCCAUCAUCUACAUCCUACAGGUGCUGGUGGGCCGGGAGUCUGAUUACAAACAGUUAUAUAAGGGAGAAGACACAAGCUUCCAGAUAUCUGGCCUGCAGAACAACACAGACUAUCGCUUCCGUGUGUAUGUGUGUCGGCGGUGUCAGGACAGCACACAGGAGCUGUGUGGCCCUCUCAGCCCAUCCUCGCUCUUCACCCUGCGGCGCACGGAGCUCACCCUACCCGGAGAGCUCAACUCCCCCGAGACCCUGAGGCCCAGCGGCAUGUUCGCCACGGACGAACGCUUCGCGGCAGUCUUAGUCGGGGCUUUCGCGGCCCUGUCUUUCUUCAUCGCUUUUGUGGUGGAAUACUUCUUCAUGAAGUGAAAAUACCGAAAUGAACCAGCAGCCAGCCAAGGGGGAAAAAAAAUUUUUUUUUUGAGAAACACACGAACACUUAAAGUAUGCAUCCGACGCGACGUACUGUGAGCUGAGUAUGUUAUACAGGCUCUCUUCUUGUCUUUCAUUCUUUUCUCUCUCUCUCGCCCUCUCUGAUGCCUUCCAGCCUGCCUGUGCAUCGCUGUGCCACUCACUCUUUCACAGCGUGUGGAUUUUGCUCUGAACUCUUAGGGGAAGCGAAACCACAUCAUCAAGCCUUACAAAGAGUUGCGCAACAGCCUGUUUUUGCAUGCCUAAUUUUUUUUUUGUAUCCCUUUAAGUGUACGUAUAUCUUGGGAGGAAAAUGUAUCUGUAUUUUUACCGCAUUCAUGGCCUUACUUUGUUUUAUGUGUCCAUUUGUUUCUCAGUCAUAUAUAUAUAUAUAUAUAUAUA